UGCACACUUACUCUUGCGGAUCACACUGGGAGUAGGAGGAGCACAGAAAGUACCACAAUGGGAGGACACAAUUUAGCACGUCUUGCUGCGAUACUGCUUUCUCUCGUCUGCUUCGCAAUAAGUUUGGUGUUCAACGGGCUGUCUGUGAUCGGCGUAGAUCCUUAUACGUCCACGACAGGCAACGUGUCUGCUGUGUUUGACACGCAGAUCACACCUUCAGGAUGGACCUUCAGCAUCUGGAGUGUCAUCUACGUCUGGCUCACGGCCAUGAUUAUCUACAUCCUCUCAGGUCUUUGCCGAAAGAACGGUUAUGGCUACGUUUACUGCAGCCCUGCAGUGUUGCCUUAUGGAUUCUACAUAUGCUGGUGCCUUAAUCUGGGUUGCAACAUCGGCUGGCUGCUUGUUUGGGACAGAGGACUCAUGAUCGCCGCGCUGGCGUUUCUCGUGCUGGUCAUCUGCACAAACUACUCCAUGGUAUGCUUCGUCUGCCACGGGCUGCACAUUUAUGGACCCUGGCUGAAGAAGUACCACAAAGUCGACCUGUGGCUCAUCCGUGUGUUGGUUCAAAACGGCGUGAUGAUCUACACAACGUGGACGACCCUCGCGACUCUCAUCAACCUGACCAUCGUGCUGACAUACGAAGUAAAGAUGUCGCCAACGGAGGCCGCCACCGUAGCAUACUCCAUUUUGUCCGCCCUGUUGCUCGUAUGGUUCCUUUUGGAAAACCUGGUCCUUGACAAACACGUGCGGUACAUCCUCAUCGUCUACCCUGUUGUGAUCUGGGCUCUGUCUGGAAACCUGGACAAAAACUACAACGCAGAAUCACCCGGAAUCAACGGCAUCUUCAUUGUUGUGCUGCUGGCGGUCGCCUGCGUGCUCUUUGUCGUGAGGAUUGUGUUGGUCAUUUGGAGACACUUCAAACAGCCGCUCUAUGCACACGCCAGCAUGGUCGCCCUGGAACCUAUGGAGAUUGCCGAGAAGCAAAAGAAGAUAUUUUGCUAAAUAACCAUUGAUUUAAUGCACUGAUGUGUUGUGUCAUAUAUUGUUAUUGUUAAUAGUUCAUAAUAUUUUGGUAAACUCAAGCAUUUUGAAUAAAAUUCUCCUUAUCUAAC